AUGGCUCAUACUACUACUACUACUACCGCAACCCAUAGAAGAUGUUCAUUGGCCAUUGAAUCACCUCUGGAAUAUCCUUCUAAUAAUCCCUUAAAUGCAUUCUUAGUUUAUUCUCAUAGUCCAACCCAAUCUCAACAACAGGAUGAUUCACCUCCACCAUUAAUCACCCCUCCCAUUCAAUCUCAAGAAUUUUCCUAUUUCUCCUUGCAUAAACAUAAUAAUGAACAGAUGAUGGAUAAUGACAAUGACAACGACGAUAGUGAUGAUUUAUCAUCCUUACAAUCAAUUCAUAAAUCAAACUCGUUACCCAAUUUAUCCCCCUCUCCAUCUUUCAUAAUCUCAUCACCAUCAUCAACCAUCUCCGCCCCCAUAUUAGGUGUCACAUCACCCUUGAAUCCAUUCAAAAGAAGAGUUUCAUUAUGUGAUUUGAAUAAUUUCAAUGAUGAAUUGAAAAUCAUUAAUAAUAAUAAUUCAAGAAAAAAUUCAAUUAAUAGUAUUAAUAGUAAUAAUAGUGGAAAUAUUGGUCUUAAUCCAAAUCGCAUGUUUUUAAAGAAUCAUCAUACUAAUAAUUAUUUCCAAAACGUUGAUUUCUCAAAUCAAUCAUCAUCUAAUAAUAAUCACAAUAAAAUAUGUCGAAAUCAUCAUCGGAGGAAUUCCAUCGCUAUCAAAUUUGAAAAUCCCAAAAUCAUCGACUGA